AACAUGUUCCAUUUGCCGAAACAAAAGUGGUUUGUAGAAUCUUUCAAGACAUAGCAGAUGAUGAAUCAUCUAUGUACCGAUUAAAAGCCGCAGAAGCAUAUGCCCACAUCAUGAUUAGAUCCGAUGCAAGAUCUGUGAUCAAGUAUCUAAAGAUCGCAUUAGAAUUAAACAAACCUGCGAUUUACUACGCAUUAGGUAUCGCUUAUAAAGAGAUAGACCAGUUGGAUGAGGGAAAACCAUACAUCAGACAGGCUGCCAAGAUGGGCAUUAAAGUAGCACAAGAAAAAU